AAGUGUAUAUAAAGGUGGUUUAGCAUGGCACAUAUUGCACCACUCAAGUAUCGAAAACACUGACAGACAGCAUAGUCUCUGGUGCAAGAAUCAAUUGAGCAAGCAUGGGAAUGUUGUUGGUGGUGGUCUCAUACGCUGUCCUUUUCCUGGUUCUAUUCCUCGGCGUGAAGUUUGUUUUCCAAAGCAGAAAAUUGAGAAACAUACCACCAGGUCCUCCUCCUCUUCCCAUAAUAGGAAACCUUAACCUCCUCGAACAGCCAAUCCACCGUUUCUUCCAACGCAUGUCGAAACAGUACGGCAACGUGGUUUCCCUCUGGUUCGGUUCACGUCUGGCCGUUGUCAUCUCCUCUCCAACAGCAUACCAAGAAUGCUUCACCAAACACGACGUUGCCUUGGCCAACCGGCUACCUUCUCUCUCGGGAAAAUACAUCUUCUACAACAACACCACCGUAGGCUCCUGCUCCCACGGCGAGCACUGGCGCAACCUCCGCCGCAUCACCGCCCUGGACGUCCUCUCCACGCAGCGCGUCCACUCCUUCUCCGGAAUCCGGAGCGACGAGACGAAGCGUCUGAUGCAGAGGUUGGUGCUGGCCAAGAACUCGAACGAGGAAGAGUUUGCGCGAGUGGAGAUUAGUUCGAUGUUCAACGACUUAACUUACAACAACAUAAUGAGGAUGAUAUCGGGGAAGAGGUUUUACGGAGAGGAGAGUGAGAUGAAGAACGUUGAGGAAGCGAGGGAGUUCAGAGAGACUGUGACAGAAAUGUUGGAACUCAUGGGCUUGGCUAACAAGGGAGAUCACUUGCCUUUCCUCAGGUGGUUCGAUUUUCAGAAUGUGGAGAAGCGCUUAAAGAGUAUCAGUAAGAGGUACGAUUCCAUCUUGAAUAAGAUCCUUCAUGAGAACCGUGCCAGCAAUGACCGCCAGAAUUCCAUGAUCGAUCAUCUCCUCAAACUGCAAGAGACCCAGCCUCAGUACUACACUGACCAAAUCAUCAAAGGCCUUGCUCUGGCCAUGCUUUUUGGUGGAACUGACUCAUCAACUGGGACUUUAGAGUGGUCAUUAUCUAAUUUAUUGAAUCACCCAGAGGUGUUGAAGAAGGCAAGAGAUGAAUUGGACACUCAAGUGGGACAAGACCGCUUGUUAAAUGAGUCAGACCUUCCAAAACUUCCAUAUCUUAGGAAGAUCAUCCUUGAGACACUUAGGUUGUACCCCCCGGCCCCAAUUCUAAUACCUCAUGUGUCUUCAGAAGAUAUUACAAUUGAAGGAUUCAAUAUCCCACGAGACACAAUUGUGAUCAUUAAUGGUUGGGGCAUGCAGAGAGAUCCUCAGUUGUGGAAUGAUGCCACAUGCUUUAAACCUGAGAGGUUUGAUGUGGAAGGAGAGGAGAAAAAGUUGGUAGCAUUUGGCAUGGGAAGAAGGGCUUGCCCAGGAGAACCCAUGGCUAUGCAAAGUGUCAGCUUUACUUUGGGAUUGUUGAUUCAAUGUUUUGACUGGAAACGAGUAAGUGAGGAAAAGCUUGAUAUGACAGAGAACAAUUGGAUCACCUUGUCAAGGUUAAUUCCAUUGGAGGCCAUGUGCAAGGCUCGCCCACUUGCCACUAAAAUUGGAAUUUAAUUAUUAAUAGUAUUUUUAUUUGGUAAACUUGGGUGAUUCAGAAUCUAAUACUUAUAAUUUUAGUGUGUAAGAGUGGUGAUCAUAUAUACAUUUCAAAAUUAAUAAUCUUUGUCCAAAAAUCAUCCAUGGACAACUAUAUGUCAAUUGACAUCUAGAGAGAAAUAUAGAUAUAAGAAUAUUUAUAUUUUAUUACUCUUCUUUAUCUUAUGUGUCAAGGCUCAUUGUAGAAUUGGGUGAGCAUUAACAUAUAUCAAUAUUGUAUACCGCCCAGUUUUCUCAAAUAAAUUUCUUUACUUUCAAUUA